AUGACUCAAAUUGGCUGGUAUGGUCUCGGCUCCAUGGGCCUCGCCAUGGCCAGUAACCUACAGCGACACCUCGCCCCUAGAAAGGCAUUGAGUCUGCUGUACUCGAACCGCACAAUGUCGCGUGGUGCACCACUACAGGCACUUGGUGGUGUUCCCGAAGCUAGCUUUGAUAAGCUUGUAUCUCGCUGUGGAGUGAUUUUCACCAUGGUUGCGAACGACUCUGUCUUGCAGAAACUUAUCUCUUCUGCUAUUGAAUCGGGCCAUCCACUUAAAGACAAGAUCUUUGUUGAUUGCUCAACUGUUCACCCCGAUACUGUGAGCUCUGCGGUUGCACAGCUCAAGGCGCCAGGUGCGUCUUUUGUAUCGGCACCUGUAUUUGGAGGCAAUCCUAUUGCUGUGGAUGGGAAGUUGGUUUUUGCGAUCGGAGGUCCGAAGAGUGCCACUGAAGUGGUGAAGCCCCUUAUUCAGGAUGUCAUGGGUCGCAAGGUUAUUGAGUGUGGUGAUGAUGCUACGAAGUCUUCGCUUCUGAAGAUUGCUGGUAAUAUCGUGACUGUGAACAUGAUGGAGGCCGUUGGCGAGGCCCAGGUCUUUGCUGAGAAGACUGGAUUGGGAACUGGCCCCAUGGAAGAGCUAAUUGGAGAGGCAUUUGGUCCUGUAGCUGGUGGAUACUCGAAGAGGUUGACUACUGGUGCCUAUGCACCACCCUUGGACUCACGACCUGGAUUUGGUGUAUCUCUGGCCAUCAAGGAUGCAAAGCACGCCAUGGCUAUGGCACAGGAGCGAGGUGUUCAGCUUCCUGGACUGGAGAUUUCUCGCGAGAACAUGGAAGCUGCCCGGGAGUACGGAGGCGAAUGCCUUGACAGCAGCUCUAUGUAUGGAAUCCUGCGACAGAAAGCUGGGUUGGAGUUUUGGAAUGAGAAGAGCCGGAAGGCUUAG